GCGCCGGCACCGAGCAGCGGGGCUUAGGGCUUGUGGAGGUGGAAGCGGCGGCGGCGGCGCUGCGGCGAUCCGAGGUGUUCCAUGUCGUGAAGGAGCUCGUCGGCUUCGUUCUCUACAUGCACCACCAGAUCCCCUCGUACUAUCAUCUGAAAAUUGCAAGCUUUCGAAAUAAUUCCUGGAAACUUUAAUGGAGAGGCUUGUACUCCAAUCUACAAACCUGAAUGGGAAGUGAAGGAAUAAGGGUUUGAACUGCAAGAAUCCAUUCUGCAGUGAUCUGCCCUUUCUUGAAACCUUCAAUCCGAAUGCUUGAAUACAAAUCUACUAUAAGUUAUAUUAGUAUUCAGGAGAAAACAUUAAUUUGUCUCUGUAGCUUUCUAUUUUUGGUAGAGCAGUCCCAAGAGAAAAGCUGCUGAACUUUAGUUAGAAUAUCCCUGAUGGUUGCUGCGAUUAAAAAAAGGGUGCUUCUGUUAGCUGCACGGUAUGGGCAUGGUUAAACUAUGGGUUCUGCAGAGUCUUGAAAAUGAAUUUGCAAGUUUGAAGGAGGAAAUGACAGAAAUGACACUACAGCCAGCUGAACUCAAACCAUCUGAUCAGAGAAAGUACAAUACACGAAAAAGGGUGGUUAGACGUAGAAUAAAGAAGCACGAGAAAUUGAUGAAUGGCAUCUCUACCUUACUGUGUGCUCUUCAGCAAGCACUUGAUGAAGUUUCUAGCAUUGAAGGAGUUGUUCUGAUCCUUGGAGGAAGCCUUGUACGACCCUUAUUUGUGUAUGACAUUACAAUUUCUCAUGGUACGUUUGAUUCAGGAAGUGCCAAAGAUCAAGCUCUAACCAAGUUAGCUCAAUCUGUUUCUCGGAAGGCUAUCCGUGCUCUUGUAUCAUGUGGAGCAGGGAGUUUGUCCUACACAGGGGCUAGCAAGUUGUUUUUGCUGGUAAGAUGUCCCAGUACGUUGAACUUACCACUGGAUUUCCUGCCAAAGCGUGAUUUUCGUUACAGCAAGAAGGUUAUACCUCUUCAAAUGCAUAUAAAGUGCAGUAAAGCAGGCUGUCAAUGGAAUAGCCAGCACCAUAUAUCAAUUGCUAAUGCCCCAUGUGCCACUUCAGAAUCUUCUCCUUCAGAUGCUAUCUGGUUCCAGUGCAAGCAUACAAUAAGAGGUUUGCCAGGCAAGGCGUCACUAGAAGGGUGAUCUGGCUUCAAGAUAGCAAAGUAAACCAAAUUUGCCCUUCUUGUUGUUGUGAAUGAUAUAACAUAUGUACAGUAAAGAAUGCUUACCAUCCUUUCACCUUAGCUAAUCAGUAGCAAUGGUUGCCCUCCAUGGUUCCAAGUAAUCCAGGAUGGAGCUUGCUGUCAUGAUGUUCUAGACGUGUCCGCGGCCGUUGGAUAGUUAUGGCUGUGAGGUCGAUGGGUUAUCUGUUGUCGUUGGCUUCAACGAAAAUGCACAAGGGUUUCUGAUUCCCGCUAGUCCUUGGCCUGGCGCUGUUC